AGCCAAUAGCAGCACUCCAUGAUGUGUCGGAACAACGAGUGCUGCAAUAUGAUUGGGCGGACGAUUCCCAGUCUUGAAGGCUUCAUAUGGAAGUUGUGGUCGCCUGGAAGAGCCCGUGAGAGCCUGUAGUGGUGGAAUGUGCUGCGGGACACCUUGACUUGUGCUAGUGUAAACACAGCGCUACACAGGACUACCUCCACCCUGCUAUUUUCUUAACAACCACCAACACAUACCAGAGGCCUUUAGAAACUGCCAUGGGACAUAGCGCGGGGGAGUGGAAGAGGCAGCACUAGGCAGGCAAUCCCAGUGUUGACUGUGGCAGCCAUCUUGAUCUAGUGUAGGGCAGACAUGGAGGGUGGCUGGCAGUGAGCUGCUACCUCUGUUUGUGGUGACGGUGGGGAAAAAUCGCCAAGGUGGAGACUCCAGGUAUCAUCUCGUCCCUGUCUAAAGUGUUCACCAUGGGAACGGUGCUCAGUUUUAGCCCGAGGGAGCAGAAACCCUACUACGGCGACUACACUUUGAACAACCACAACUAUGAGACGCUCAACAACGUUAGAAAUAAGGAGAAAGUUAUCAACAAUGAGAAUGCCAACAUUCUCAGCGAGAAGAAUGCCCUGGAGAGAAACUUUAAGAAACACUCUUUAUUUAUCAAUGCUCUCAGUUGGAAGCGCUUCUCCAACACCAACAAGAAGAAGCUUGACAACAAAAACAAAAAUCUGACCUUGCGUCAGCCCCUAGACAACAUCCACCCAUUCAUUGACAACAACAAGAACAUCCAGAAGGCGUUGUCAUGCUACAACAUCCGGCCCAGCUCCAUGGGCCAGCUGGAUCUGGUCCGAGUCAACAACAACAAUGCUCACACGCCCACAGAGAAGCUACCACCGAAAGCUACCCUCACCUCAGCGCCCUCCACACACACCCAUGACCUCCGCAACGCCUUGGUUCCCUCCCGACCUCUGACACACCAGCAGCAGCAGCAACAGCACCACAAGCCCCAACAGCAGCAACAGCAUCAGCAGCAGCCCCAGCUGGGGCCUGUGUUGGCGCCCACACUCUCCACCACCAGCAGCGCCAGCAGCGGUGGCUGCGCCUCUACUGCUACUACUCCUACUGGUGUGAGUCCCACCAAGAAGACGGUGAUCCAGGCCUCUACCUCAGAACUGCUCAAGUGCCUGGGUCUCUACCUGCAUCGCACCUGCUCCCGCUUGAGGGACUUCCAGGCUGGCGACGCCGUCAUGUGGCUGAGGACAGUGGAUCGUUCCCUGCUGGUGCAAGGAUGGCAGGUACGUCUCCUCCUUUACUAACCUCAACUCAUUCUUCAUUACAGCAAACCAAAACACUAUAAAAGGGCAGACAAAUCCAAAUCUUACUCUCAUGAAGCCAGCACCGCAACCUGAUUAUCUGAUCAUGGAAAGUGGACACUUGUGCAGUCUAAAGUGCUCAUGGGUGUCAUGCAUUGAGUGGGUGGGUGGGUGGAAUCGUCCUGCCCUCUAAAUCACAUUGUGUUUUGACUCACGAAAUCGUAAUGACACGAUUGCAGACAAACCAUACCACGGGUGGGGAUGUUUACAAUGCUUAAGAUCAAAGACCAUUUAUCACCUGACCUUUAAUGCAUACAGUCUUUUUGUAAUAAAGUUGGUAGAAUUACCGACAAUAUGUAAAGUAAAAAGACACAAGUGCAACUAAUGUGACAUUUUAU